AUGAUUCCGCAAUACAAGCGUUCCAGUGUGGAUCUGGUGUUCUCACCGCGAGCUGUUUCAACCAAAACCAUCAAGCCACCGAUUACGUCUGACGGAGCUGAGAAGGUCAUACUCAACAUCUUCCAACAUCUAGAUCACUUCAACGAUCUUUUCGCCGUGGCCUCCAUCAACCGAGGCUUCUAUCGCGUGUUCAAACGGCAUGAACUCGAUCUCAUCAAAUCUACCUUGCAAAAGAUGUCACCACCAGCCUGGGAGUUUAGAGAGAUCGCCUUUCCUGGACACGAACUCCUACUUGCAGCAGACCUUGAGACGACACGACCUGCGGAGGAAUACACCCCCACGUCGUAUCUCAAGCUCCAGAAGCGAGAUAUCCAAGUCAUCCGCACAAUCAAGUUAGAGAUUAUGGAGAAAUGCCAGUCCUUCGUACGACCGGAGAUAUCAGCUGCGCUCAUGAGCGCCUGCCCAGCCGAGUCUGCUAGGGUUGACGAUGCAUUAUGGCGCAUAUGGACAUUCUGUAAGCUAUUUGGCUCGGGAAAAGGACGUGAGGAGGACAUCGUUGCGCAGAUGGACUGGCUCAAUGGUGGUAUGCUUGUCCAUCAGGCGACCUGCACCUUCAGCAUGAUGAGCACAGACCUCAUGAGCGACACAUUGGUCGGUGCACCUGAGUGCUUCGGGCAAGGGAACGAAGGCGGCCUUACCGCCGAACAACUCUUCGACAUGAUGGAACUGUGGACCUGUCUUUCCGUCUUGCUACAAAACUUCGAAGGGCGCACAGUUCAAGCCCGACAAGCCGGUAUUUACGACAACACCGACAUUCGUGGUGGCGAUAUUGAUGGCGAGGAGAUGAUGCUUGACGAAUGGAUCUACCACCUCCUCACCUUUGGCCUUGACACUGUUCUCAAGCUCACUGGCCCGUUCCACCCCUCGGAUCCCAAAGCCUUUGUUAUUGCGGCGGAGAACGGAUGGGUCAACUGGAAGCCUCCUGUACUUGACGGUACACGACAAUACUUUCUCAAAGAAGCAGCCCGACGCGUCUACGAAGACAAGAUUGCGCAUACCUAUGCUAAAAUCUCAAUCCGCGAUGUGCAGCGCCAACAGUCCAAGAUACGUAUUCAGAAACACAUUGACGAACUCAAGGAUCGCAAAAGGAAUGCCCCUUCUACCAUCUCCCUCGGUCACAACAGUCCAGAGCAACCGCGAUCUAUACACCAUGGGCAGCGUAUCAAGCGCAAGCUCUCCACCCCGUCGCAUGUUCGCUCAGCCGCUUCUGCCGACACCCUCCGCUUCCUCGGUGACAAACAGCCGUGA